AUGAACAACCAACAUCCUGAUAAUCAUGAAGACACAACGGUUGAGGGAUUUGAAGUACCUGUAUCUCCGGUUUCAAGUUACAACAAUGUGUAUUCCGCAGCUGAAGAUGAGGCGAGAGAUCCUCCUGCUGUACCGCCACACCUUCAACACUCUUUGUUAGGCAAUCCGGGUAGCACGGAAUCAGCGCCCGUGCCACAGAAUGUCGUCCUGAACCACCUCUAUAUUGAAAACCGGGAAGCCCCAAGAUCCGUUGUAGCACUUGGUUUCUCGCAUCGGUUCAGGUCGAAGUAUGUCACUGUGGUGAUAUACAAGCCGGUCCAAAGAAGAGGGAACGCCAGUGUAUGA